ACGCUCUUGAUAUCAGGUCAUUGUAGUCAACGUCACCUUAUCACAUUGUUGGACCCUGAACUAGGUCGCAAUCGACUCACACUGCUUAAUAUUGCAUUUACUGUGCAAUUGAGGACUCAAGCCUCGUCUGAGGUCUCAUCAUGGCCGACGUGGACGAGACUCAGUUCUCUCUGAUGAGCCUGGAGGAUGAGCUGACCUGCAGCAUCUGUCUGAGUACCUUCGAGGUUCCGGUGACCAUCCCCUGCGGACACAACUUCUGCCAGGACUGUCUCCUCGCCACCUGGAAGGAAACCUACAGCUGUCCUCAGUGUCGGACCCACUUCGCCAACAAACCGGAACUGAGGAAAAACACGGUCCUCAGCACCGUCGUGGAGACCUUCAACUUGAGGUCGACCAAGAGCGAGGCCAGCCUGUUUGAAGAGGAGAAAAAAGUCGGGGAAGAGGAUGUCAUACGUUGUGAUACAUGUAUGGAAGCAGAGGCGUCCCAGACCUGCCUCACCUGCAUGGCCUCCUUCUGCGAUGAGCACCUGCGUCCUCACCGGGAAAACCCAAUUUUCCGUCUCCACCAGCUGAGUGAGCCUGUCGGUGACCUGUCGGACCGCAUCUGCCCGGACCACCACAAGUUGAUGGAGCUCUUCUGCAGCCAACAUGGCCGUCCAAUCUGCAGCCUCUGUCUCCAACAUGUCCACAAAGGAUGCUCCUUCACCUCUCCAGAGGAGCAGAGGAACCUGAAAGAGUCUGACCUGAGAGACAAGUUGGGUUUGCUGGAUGGAAAGAUUAUGAAGAAUGAGACUGUUAUAUGUCAAAUGAGGGACAUGCAGAGCAAGUUGAAGGACUCAGCGACCAACAGGAAGAAAGCUGUGGCAGCUGAGUAUCAGCAGAUACGGGACAUGUUGACCCGAGAGGAGCGCGAUGCUCUGAGUGCAGUCGAUCGAGAAAUGGAGAGUGGUCAGACCAAACUUAGGGUUCUCAUGAAGAAGUUCACUGAGAACAUUGAUAACAUGAGCAAAGCUAAAGAAGAUAUCCACAAUCUGCUUUGUGAAUCCCAAACACUGGCCUUCCUACAGGCAUCAUUUAGCCUUCCCCCAGCCGUAAACUUUGACCCUUACACCCCUCGAAUCAACCUGGACUCCAAGAAGGUGAUAGCGACACAGGCCUUUGCUGCUGCCCUAAAGGAGUAUCUGACAGAGAUCUUUAAACAGCCUGCUGAGGCCAGACUGCAAAUGAUUAAACCAGAAAUGAACACUGACAUUGUUGAAUCUGGUGAAAGAGCAGCUUCUGCCUCAGGAUUUACAUCUUUGAGCCCUGGACCUUACCUAGAAUGUGAGCCGCAAUGGCCUCCAGGGCAUCCCAGGCUUCCCAGGUCCCACAGUCCAGGUCCAGGUUCCCAACUGAAAGCAGGCCCAAAGAAGAAACCUCCAAAACAAACCAAAAAACCUUCUGAAUCCACUGAAGACAAACCCAGAAAUCGUCCUCCUGUGUUUGAACCCAAUCAGAGACCAGAAACUUCAGAAAUUCCCCAAAACAUAUCAUCUGCUGAAAAAAGAAGCGAUCUUCUGAAAUAUGCCACGGUACUCACUUUGGAUCCAAAGACAGCCCACAAACGCAUCACACUGAGUGAGGACUUCACCAAGGCCUCUGUGUCAGAUGAGCAUUUUAACUACCCCCACUGCCCUGAACGCUUUGCUGUCUGCUCCCAGGUGCUCACCUCCAAGGGUUUCUCUAGAGGGCGCCACUACUGGGAAGUCCGACUGAGCAGCAACAACUUCAUAGGCAUAGGCUUGGCUUACAGCAGCAUUGACCGGAAAGGUCCCACCAGUCGACUGGGCCGCAACGCCCAGUCCUGGUGUAUUGAGUGGUUUAACGUCAAGCUGUCAGCUUGGCAUAACAGCAGUGAGACCGUGCUGGUCAAUCCCAAUCCAAAGCGCGUAGGUGUGCUGGUUGAUUGUGAGGAGGGCGUGGCUACGUUCUAUAACGUUGCAGACAGGGCAUAUCCCUUCCACUCUUUUGCGUUCCCCUUUGCUGAAGCUGUGUAUCCAGCUUUCUGGAUUUUCUCAAGUGGCUCAUCCAUUUCCUUGUGCAAGCUGCAGGCAUGAGGAGCAUAUGCACAUACAACUGCAUAUGUAGCCACACACAGUCAGCCCUUUAUUCUCAUUACUAACAGUAAUAAUGUAAAAGAAUGCUUUGCCAUUAAAGUCUGUUUUGCUGUUUGUCAGUAAAAGUUAAAAAAAUAUUUAAUAUGGCCUAAAUUUGCUUGAAAGAGACUGACCAGUUACAACCCACAAGCUAACAGUUUAAUCAAGUGUUGUCCUUGUUAAAAUUUAAAAACCAACAUUGCCUGUGCAAUUGCAACUGAAACACAUUUUGUGCUGUUGGGAUGGGUCAGUUGAAACAAUUAUUAGUCCCACUAUUAGUGCUUACUACGUUCUGCUAAGUACCCUCUUGUUAGGUUUGCCUUAAACCAGGAAUAUUAACGAAUAUAUGGUAGUGGUUAUUUGGAGAAUAUUAGUACACAGACGGCUUGGAGUGUCACAGCUGAAAUUGAUAUCGAGAGUUAACAGUAUGCCAUAGCUAAUGUCACAAGCUAUUACUGUUAACUAUGUUAGCUGUGAUUUUACAGCAGCUGAAUUUGUGGUUAUGUGACCACAAAACUCAAGCUGUCAGAGCGUCCAUCGCAUCAGGUUUCUGAAAACACUGGAAAAGCAAUAUAAAUUGCACAAACUGCAUCGGACGUGACUUUGAUGCAAUUGUGUUUGUCUUAAAAUUAUAACAGAGCGCACAUAACUCACUGUGCACCUACAGUAAAGUAAUUUUGUGCCAGUGUGUCCUAUAUUAACCGUGCAGACUAUUUAUUAUACACUGUAGAAUGUUUAUAAAUGAGAAGUGAAUUAAUCACAUAUGUCAGUACAGUGUUUUGAUAUGAGGUCUGCAUGUGAAAAAUUUGAUUGUUUUGCAGUGAAUAGGAGUGUGGCUAUUAAAGUUUUAGGGCUGGGCGAUAUGGCAAAAAAUGUUAUCACAAUAACUUUUUUCAUAUCAGUUGAUACUGUUGAUACUGUUAUGUGUCAUGGUAUGAGUCAUUUCUGGAGACCUUAAAGAUCCAGAUUGUGAAAAUGAACAAGAACUGUGAGGACUGCAAGCAGAAAAAAUAAAGCUUAAAUCUUGUCAGCA